AUGACAACAACCACUACUACUACUACUACUAAAAAUCAAUCAAUAACUUCAUUAAUACCGACACAAUUUAAUUAUAAUACUAAUAUUCAAAAUAAUAACCAAAAUAUACCACAAUCAGGACUUUAUUCAAAUGAUCAAUCUACACCAAUAGAAAGUCAUAGAGUUUUAGAUAAACAAAGUUUUAAAUAUGUAAUAUUAUCAGGUAUUGCAGGUGGAGUAGCAGGAUGUGCUGCAAAAACUUUAGUUGCACCAUUAGAUAGAAUUAAAAUAUUAUUUCAAACUUCAAAUCCUGAAUUUUUAAAAUAUAGAGGUACAUUUUAUGGAUUAAUUCAAGCAGCAAAAAGAAUUUGGUCAAAUGAUGGGAUUUGGGGUUUAUAUCAAGGUCAUUCAAUAACAUUAUUAAGAAUUUUCCCAUAUGCUGCUAUAAAAUUUGUAGCUUAUGAACAAAUUAGAACUAUUUUAAUCCCCAAUGAUUUAUAUGAAACUGCCGGUCGUAGAUUUUUAGCAGGUUCAUUAUCUGGUUUAGCAUCUGUAUUUUUCACAUAUCCAUUAGAUUUAAUUAGAGUAAGAUUAGCAUUUGAAACUAAAAAUUUAAAUCAUUUAAUUCAACAUCCAAAACAUUUAGAUUAUAUGACACAUCAUAGAGGGAAAAUUUUAUCAACAAUAUUAAUGAUUUAUCAAGAAAAUCCCAAACCAUCAAAAUUGAAUGAUCCAAAUUGGUUAAAAUUUAUGAGAUCUAAUUUACCUAAACCACUACUUAAAAUAAGUAAUUUUUAUAGAGGAUUUUAUCCAACAAUAUUAGGAAUGAUACCUUAUGCAGGAGUAUCAUUUUAUACUCAUGAUUUAUUACAUGAUAUUUUAAGAUCAAAAUAUUUAGCAAAAUAUACUGUUCAAAAUUAUAAACAACCAACAAAAACAAUAUUAUCAAAUUCAUCAAAAAAAUCAAGUAGAGAAUCAAGACAACCUCUCAAGGCAUAUGCUCAAUUAUUUGCAGGUGGAUUAGCUGGAUUAUUUUCACAAACUGCGGCAUAUCCAUUUGAAGUUAUACGUAGAAGAAUGCAAGUUGGUGGAGCUAUAAAUCAAGGACAAUUUUUAACUUUUAAACAAACUGCUAAAUUAAUAUAUAAAGAAAAUGGAAUUCGUGGAUUUUUCGUGGGGUUAAGUAUUGGAUAUAUGAAAGUUGUUCCAAUGGUUGCAUGUUCAUUCUUUGUUUAUGAAAGAAUGAAGAAAUUUUUAGGAAUAUAA